CCUGGCUGGCUCGCGGCGGAGCGCAGUUUCCGAGGAGCGGCGGCGGCGCUGACGGGGCGGCCGAGCCCGGGGCGGCCGGCCUCAGCGGCCCGAGGGAGAAUUCUGGCAUAUUUUGACAGCGGGUCAUUCACAAAAGAUGAAGAGGCUGUUGUGAGAAGAAGCCUUUUUUGAGUUGAGUCUGCUUUGGGGAAGACGGACUCGCACGAAUUCUCUCCAGAUUACCACUGCAAGUUUGGGGUCUCCUGCAUCUUUCAGUCUGGCUGUGUGCUCAGUAUGCGAAUUGUGCGUCUUCACUAAUGAGAGGGAGAAUGGGAACCCAGGGCAGCCCUGUUAAAAGCUAUGAUUAUCUGCUGAAGUUCCUGUUGGUUGGUGACAGUGAUGUGGGCAAAGGAGAAAUCCUUGAAAGUCUUCAAGAUGGGGCAUCGGAAUCGCCGUAUGCCUACAGCAACGGAAUUGAUUACAAAACCACAACAAUUCUGUUAGAUGGCAGAAGGGUCAAACUGGAGCUCUGGGACACAUCUGGCCAAGGGAGGUUCUGUACUAUUUUUCGAUCCUACUCCAGAGGAGCCCAGGGCAUCCUCUUGGUUUAUGACAUCACCAAUCGCUGGUCUUUUGAUGGAAUAGACAGAUGGAUCAAGGAAAUUGAUGAGCAUGCCCCUGGGGUGCCCCGUAUCUUGGUUGGCAACCGCCUCCACCUGGCCUUCAAGCGGCAGGUGCCCACGGAGCAAGCCCGAUCCUACGCAGAGAAGAAUUGCAUGACCUUCUUUGAAGUCAGCCCGUUGUGCAACUUCAACGUGAUUGAGUCCUUCACCGAGUUGUCCCGCAUUGUGCUGAUGAGACACGGCAUGGAGAAGAUCUGGAGGCCCAACAGAGUAUUCAGCCUCCAGGACCUCUGCUGCCGGGCCAUUGUUUCCUGCACGCCGGUCCACCUGAUCGACAAGCUGCCCCUCCCUGUCACCAUCAAGAGCCACCUGAAGUCGUUCUCCAUGGCCAACGGCAUGAACGCCGUGAUGAUGCACGGCCGCUCAUACUCCGUGGCCAGCGGCGGAGGGGGCAGUGGCAGCAAGGGCAACAGCCUGAAGCGCUCCAAGUCCAUCCGCCCGCCGCAGAGCCCGCCGCAGAACUGCUCCCGGAACAACUGCAAGAUAUCUUAGCGGGAGGGGGGGUCUCCUCCAGCCGCAUGCACCUGCACCUGCUCGCUGAUGUACAGAUGUUUACACACACGUCACCCAUUCCUCUGUCACCUCGACGGCCACAUGCCUACCGCAUCAGCUGCGGGUUUGCGGCCUGCCCGGCGUGGCGGGACCCCAGGCGGAAGGACAAGGCGCACCGAGCUAGCUUUCCCAGAAUGCAAUAGGUGUUCCCCUUCCCUGGCAGGAAGGACAGCUGCCUCCAGGGCAUGAGUCUUUCUUCUACCUUUUUUGUGGGGGGGUGUUGUUGAUAUAGAGAAUGGGGGCUGCCAUGUCAAUCCUUGGGUUUCCAAGGGGAUUGCUGGUGCUACAUGGAAAAAAAAAACACAUAAAUGGGAACCCAGUUGGACAAAUUUGACCCAGACGGAGUCCUACCUUGGCUGGACAAAGACUAUGGCUGCCUGGGGCUCUUAGAAAGCAGGCCACUUGACGUCUUUUUGCUUUAUUUAUAAAGAAAUUAGCUCACUAUGUAAAAGCCGCCAGCCAUCCCCCACUCUG